CUGAGAAUCGAUUUUUCAAGGCUUUUUGCUUCUGGCAAAGAAGUGAAAUACGAAAAUGGCGUCUCUACGUUAACUAUUCCUUCUGCUACACUGAAUGAUGCGGGUCACUACGUUUGCGAGGCUGAAAACAUUCACGGCACUGCUCAGUCUAAUUGCGUUGUCACUGUCACAUCAUCAACGGAGUCGGACCAGUCAGAGCCAAAGUUCACGCUUCUGCUGACCGAUAUAACAGUGCAAGAACAAGAAGAAAUUCUACUAGAUUGUUGUGUCAAAGGCAAACCAAAUCCAACUGUUACUUGGUACAAAGAUGGUCAAAAGCUUGCGAUUGAAAACCGUAUGCUACAGUAUACGGAUAGAACUGGUCUAGCUCGUCUUAACAUCAUGAAUACUGUGCCAACAGAUUCGGGAGAGUAUUCCUGUGAGGCAGUGAAUGCAUUGGGCAAGGAUGCAACUGAAUGCCAUGUGAAAGUUGUUGGCGAUAGCUCGUCAUUUUCGCGAAGUCCAAGCCGUAGCACCAGUCCAUCUAUUGGCUACGCUUCCGAUGAUUCUUGCGCUCCCAUCAUCACUCGUCCUCUUGUGGACACUGUAGUGAAGAUUGGCUGCCGAGAAAUGCUUGAGCUAGAGGUGGAAGGAAAGCCUACUCCCAUGAUUGAAUGGUAUCACAACGGAAAACUCGUCUCUGAAAGUAGAACUAUACGUAGUCACUUCGACGGAAGAGUAGCAUUCUUAAAAUUCUAUGAUGCUCAACUUAAUCAUCAAGGACAGUAUAUUUGCAAGGUUGGUGGCUUUACUUCCGCUGAGUGUGACAUUCAAACUUGA